AUGCCGGCAACAACCACAAUCCCCACCCUAACCAUCUCGGCCGCCAAGGCAGCAACAGCCGCGGCCGAGGCGAAAGCCGCCUCCAUAGGCGUGCCCAUGAACAUCGCAAUCGUCGACAGCGGCACCCACCUCCUCUCCUUCACGCGCAUGGACGGCGCAAAGCUCACCUCCGUCGCCAUCGCCAUCGACAAGGCCUUCACGGCCGCCGGACACAGAAUCCCCACCUCGUCCUACAGGGAGGCCGUGUGGCCGGGCGGGCCCGCGUAUGGGAUCAACGGCACAAACGGCGGCCGCUUCAACGUCAUCGGCGGAGGAGUGCCCGUCAUCGGGCCCGGGGGUGAGGUCCUCGGCGCCGUGGGAUGCUCCACGGGCACACCCGCCCAGGACGAGGUGGUCGCGAGGGCAGGUGUCGAGGCCGUGGAGAAGCUCGUGAGGGAUGAAGCCGGCCCGGGGGCGCCCAAGUCGAAGCUGUGA